AUGCUUCCCCCCGCGGACGCUCAGCAUGCGCCUACCGCGGAGCCCGCGGAUGUCCCUCCCGCGCGCAUCGCGCCCUGCGCGUACGAAUUGUGGAAUGACAGCCGGGGGAAGGAAAUGCUCCGCCACACGGACGAGCUUGCGCCUUUCCGCUGGUCCUCCAGAACCGCCCGUGGCAAGCAGUGCGCGCGUUCUAUGCCAGCCUGGCAGCUGGACACCACGGUGCAGCUGGUGGUGGCAUACGAUGGAGGGGCGUUUCAUGGGUAUCAGAGCCAGCAAGGAGCGGUCACGGUGCAGAGGUGUGUGGCGGGGUGCUGUGCAAUGGGGUGCGGUGCACAGAGCCAGCAGGGGGCAGUGACCCUGCAGAGGUGUGUGAUGCGGUACUGUGUGGUGGGGUAUGGUGGAGAGGCAUGUGAGGGGGGGCUUGAUGGGUUACCAGGGGCAGCUGGUUAUGGCAUCCGAUGGAGGGGCGUUCCACGGGUACCAGAGCCAGCAGGGGGCAGUGACUGUGCAGACGUAUGGUGCGGUGCUCCAGGAGGAUGGGGGGUUUGGCUGGGAGGUAUACGCACUCCUCUCAACCGAUGCGAUUGGGGAGACGUGCACUCCUCUCAACCGAUGCGAUUGGGGAGACGUGCACUCCUCUCAACCGAUGCGAUUGGGGAGACGUGCACUCCUCUCAACCGAUGCGAUUGGGGAGACGUGCACUCCUCUCAACCGAUGCGAUUGGGGAAACGUGCACUCCUCUCAACCGAUGCGAUUGGGGAGACGUGCACUCCUCUCAACCGAUGCGAUUGGGGAGACGUGCACUCCUCUCAACCGAUGCGAUUGGGGAGACGUGCACUCCUCUCCACCGAUGCGAUUGGGGAGACGUGCACUCCUCUCAACCGAUGCGAUUGGGGAGACGUGCACUCCUCUCAACCGAUGCGAUUGGGGAGACGUGCACUCCUCUCAACCGAUGCGAUUGGGGAGACGUGCACUCCUCUCAACCGAUGCGAUUGGGGAGACGUGCACUCCUCUCCACCGAUGCGAUUGGGGAGACGUGCACUCCUCUCAACCGAUGCGAUUGGGGAGACGUGCACUCCUCUCAACCGAUGCGAUUGGGGAGACGUGCACUCCUCUCCACCGAUGCGAUUGGGGAGACGUGCACUCCUCUCAACCGAUGCGAUUGGGGAGACGUGCACUCCUCUCAACCGAUGCGAUUGGGGAGACGUGCACUCCUCUCCACCGAUGCGAUUGGGGAGACGUGCACUCCUCUCAACCGAUGCGAUUGGGGAGACGUGCACUCCUCUCAACCGAUGCGAUUGGGGAGACGUGCACUCCUCUCCACCGAUGCGAUUGGGGAGACGUGCACUCCUCUCAACCGAUGCGAUUGGGGAGACGUGCACUCCUCUCAACCGAUGCGAUUGGGGAGACGUGCACUCCUCUCAACCGAUGCGAUUGGGGAGACGUGCACUCCUCUCAACCGAUGCGAUUGGGGAGACGUGCACUCCUCUCAACCGAUGCGAUUGGGGAGACGUGCACUCCUCUCCACCGAUGCGAUUGGGGAGACGUGCACUCCUCUCAACCGAUGCGAUUGGGGAGACGUGCACUCCUCUCAACCGAUGCGAUUGGGGAGACGUGCACUCCUCUCCACCGAUGCGAUUGGGGAGACGUGCACUCCUCUCAACCGAUGCGAUUGGGGAGACGUGCACUCCUCUCAACCGAUGCGAUUGGGGAGACGUGCACUCCUCUCCACCGAUGCGAUUGGGGAGACGUGCACUCCUCUCAACCGAUGCGAUUGGGGAGACGUGCACUCCUCUCAACCGAUGCGAUUGGGGAGACGUGCACUCCUCUCCACCGAUGCGAUUGGGGAGACGUGCACUCCUCUCAACCGAUGCGAUUGGGGAGACGUGCACUCCUCUCAACCGAUGCGAUUGGGGAGACGUGCACUCCUCUCAACCGAUGCGAUUGGGGAGACGUGCACUCCUCUCCACCGAUGCGAUUGGGGAGACGUGCACUCCUCUCAACCGAUGCGAUUGGGGAGACGUGCACUCCUCUCAACCGAUGCGAUUGGGGAGACGUGCACUCCUCUCAACCGAUGCGAUUGGGGAGACGUGCACUCCUCUCAACCGAUGCGAUUGGGGAGACGUGCACUCCUCUCAACCGAUGCGAUUGGGGAGACGUGCACUCCUCUCCACCGAUGCGAUUGGGGAGACGUGCACUCCUCUCAACCGAUGCGAUUGGGGAGACGUGCACUCCUCUCAACCGAUGCGAUUGGGGAGACGUGCACUCCUCUCAACCGAUGCGAUUGGGGAGACGUGCACUCCUCUCAACCGAUGCGAUUGGGGAGACGUGCACUCCUCUCCACCGAUGCGAUUGGGGAGACGUGCACUCCUCUCAACCGAUGCGAUUGGGGAGACGUGCACUCCUCUCCACCGAUGCGAUUGGGGAGACGUGCACUCCUCUCAACCGAUGCGAUUGGGGAGACGUGCACUCCUCUCCACCGAUGCGAUUGGGGAGACGUGCACUCCUCUCCACCGAUGCGAUUGGGGAGACGUGCACUCCUCUCAACCGAUGCGAUUGGGGAGACGUGCACUCCUCUCAACCGAUGCGAUUGGGGAGACGUGCACUCCUCUCAACCGAUGCGAUUGGGGAGACGUGCACUCCUCUCCACCGAUGCGAUUGGGGAGACGUGCACUCCUCUCAACCGAUGCGAUUGGGGAGACGUGCACUCCUCUCAACCGAUGCGAUUGGGGAGACGUGCACUCCUCUCAACCGAUGCGAUUGGGGAGACGUGCACUCCUCUCAACCGAUGCGAUUGGGGAGACGUGCACUCCUCUCCACCGAUGCGAUUGGGGAGACGUGCACUCCUCUCCACCGAUGCGAUUGGGGAGACGUGCACUCCUCUCAACCGAUGCGAUUGGGGAGACGUGCACUCCUCUCCACCGAUGCGAUUGGGGAGACGUGCACUCCUCUCAACCGAUGCGAUUGGGGAGACGUGCACUCCUCUCCACCGAUGCGAUUGGGGAGACGUGCACUCCUCUCAACCGAUGCGAUUGGGGAGACGUGCACUCCUCUCAACCGAUGCGAUUGGGGAGACGUGCACUCCUCUCAACCGAUGCGAUUGGGGAGACGUGCACUCCUCUCCACCGAUGCGAUUGGGGAGACGUGCACUCCUCUCCAUCGAUGCGAUUGGGGAGACGUGCACUCCUCUCAACCGAUGCGAUUGGGGAGACGUGCACUCCUCUCAACCGAUGCGAUUGGGGAGACGUGCACUCCUCUCAACCGAUGCGAUUGGGGAGACGUGCACUCCUCUCCACCGAUGCGAUUGGGGAGACGUGCACUCCUCUCAACCGAUGCGAUUGGGGAGACGUGCACUCCUCUCAACCGAUGCGAUUGGGGAGACGUGCACUCCUCUCCACCGAUGCGAUUGGGGAGACGUGCACUCCUCUCAACCGAUGCGAUUGGGGAGACGUGCACUCCUCUCAACCGAUGCGAUUGGGGAGACGUGCACUCCUCUCCACCGAUGCGAUUGGGGAGACGUGCACUCCUCUCAACCGAUGCGAUUGGGGAGACGUGCACUCCUCUCAACCGAUGCGAUUGGGGAGACGUGCACUCCUCUCAACCGAUGCGAUUGGGGAGACGUGCACUCCUCUCAACCGAUGCGAUUGGGGAGACGUGCACUCCUCUCAACCGAUGCGAUUGGGGAGACGUGCACUCCUCUCCACCGAUGCGAUUGGGGAGACGUGCACUCCUCUCAACCGAUGCGAUUGGGGAGACGUGCACUCCUCUCAACCGAUGCGAUUGGGGAGACGUGCACUCCUCUCCACCGAUGCGAUUGGGGAGACGUGCACUCCUCUCAACCGAUGCGAUUGGGGAGACGUGCACUCCUCUCAACCGAUGCGAUUGGGGAGACGUGCACUCCUCUCCACCGAUGCGAUUGGGGAGACGUGCACUCCUCUCAACCGAUGCGAUUGGGGAGACGUGCACUCCUCUCAACCGAUGCGAUUGGGGAGACGUGCACUCCUCUCCACCGAUGCGAUUGGGGAGACGUGCACUCCUCUCAACCGAUGCGAUUGGGGAGACGUGCACUCCUCUCAACCGAUGCGAUUGGGGAGACGUGCACUCCUCUCAACCGAUGCGAUUGGGGAGACGUGCACUCCUCUCCACCGAUGCGAUUGGGGAGACGUGCACUCCUCUCAACCGAUGCGAUUGGGGAGACGUGCACUCCUCUCAACCGAUGCGAUUGGGGAGACGUGCACUCCUCUCAACCGAUGCGAUUGGGGAGACGUGCACUCCUCUCAACCGAUGCGAUUGGGGAGACGUGCACUCCUCUCAACCGAUGCGAUUGGGGAGACGUGCACUCCUCUCCACCGAUGCGAUUGGGGAGACGUGCACUCCUCUCAACCGAUGCGAUUGGGGAGACGUGCACUCCUCUCAACCGAUGCGAUUGGGGAGACGUGCACUCCUCUCAACCGAUGCGAUUGGGGAGACGUGCACUCCUCUCAACCGAUGCGAUUGGGGAGACGUGCACUCCUCUCCACCGAUGCGAUUGGGGAGACGUGCACUCCUCUCAACCGAUGCGAUUGGGGAGACGUGCACUCCUCUCCACCGAUGCGAUUGGGGAGACGUGCACUCCUCUCAACCGAUGCGAUUGGGGAGACGUGCACUCCUUUCCACCGAUGCGAUUGGGGAGACGUGCACUCCUCUCCACCGAUGCGAUUGGGGAGACGUGCACUCCUCUCAACCGAUGCGAUUGGGGAGACGUGCACUCCUCUCAACCGAUGCGAUUGGGGAGACGUGCACUCCUCUCAACCGAUGCGAUUGGGGAGACGUGCACUCCUCUCCACCGAUGCGAUUGGGGAGACGUGCACUCCUCUCAACCGAUGCGAUUGGGGAGACGUGCACUCCUCUCAACCGAUGCGAUUGGGGAGACGUGCACUCCUCUCAACCGAUGCGAUUGGGGAGACGUGCACUCCUCUCAACCGAUGCGAUUGGGGAGACGUGCACUCCUCUCCACCGAUGCGAUUGGGGAGACGUGCACUCCUCUCCACCGAUGCGAUUGGGGAGACGUGCACUCCUCUCAACCGAUGCGAUUGGGGAGACGUGCACUCCUCUCCACCGAUGCGAUUGGGGAGACGUGCACUCCUCUCAACCGAUGCGAUUGGGGAGACGUGCACUCCUCUCAACCGAUGCGAUUGGGGAGACGUGCACUCCUCUCAACCGAUGCGAUUGGGGAGACGUGCACUCCUCUCCACCGAUGCGAUUGGGGAGACGUGCACUCCUCUCAACCGAUGCGAUUGGGGAGACGUGCACUACUCUCAACCGAUGCGAUUGGGGAGACGUGCACUCCUCUCAACCGAUGCGAUUGGGGAGACGUGCACUCCUCUCCACCGAUGCGAUUGGGGAGACGUGCACUCCUCUCCAUCGAUGCGAUUGGGGAGACGUGCACUCCUCUCAACCGAUGCGAUUGGGGAGACGUGCACUCCUCUCAACCGAUGCGAUUGGGGAGACGUGCACUCCUCUCAACCGAUGCGAUUGGGGAGACGUGCACUCCUCUCAACCGAUGCGAUUGGGGAGACGUGCACUCCUCUCCACCGAUGCGAUUGGGGAGACGUGCACUCCUCUCAACCGAUGCGAUUGGGGAGACGUGCACUCCUCUCAACCGAUGCGAUUGGGGAGACGUGCACUCCUCUCAACCGAUGCGAUUGGGGAGACGUGCACUCCUCUCCACCGAUGCGAUUGGGGAGACGUGCACUCCUCUCCAUCGAUGCGAUUGGGGAGACGUGCACUCCUCUCAACCGAUGCGAUUGGGGAGACGUGCACUCCUCUCCACCGAUGCGAUUGGGGAGACGUGCACUCCUCUCCAUCGAUGCGAUUGGGGAGACGUGCACUCCUCUCAACCGAUGCGAUUGGGGAGACGUGCACUCCUCUCAACCGAUGCGAUUGGGGAGACGUGCACUCCUCUCAACCGAUGCGAUUGGGGAGACGUGCACUCCUCUCCACCGAUGCGAUUGGGGAGACGUGCACUCCUCUCCACCUUUCUCCGACUUCUUUCUGUCCCCAAUUGCCCCUCAUGACCCGGCCUCCUUUUGA